CAAGUCUGGACGUACAUUGCGUCUGUGGAAAACGGGUGUUUUUGCCAUUUCUGCUUCUCAUACGUCUUGUAACAAGGAUAAAUAGUGUUUAAUAAUGGCAUCCGAUGUAUUUCAAGACAAGAGAGUUGCGGAUCUUGCCGCACAAGUGGCUGAAACCACGGACCGCAACGUACCCAUUUUACUCCUUGGACUACAAAACAUACUUGAUAGCGUUGUGCCAGGAUCACCAAAGAUUGAAGCCAUUAAACUUGAUAUAUGGAAAUUUGAACUACUACAAAGUGUACUUAUUGCUUUGAAACAAGACUUCUCACAAAUCUCAGGAAAAUGGAACACUGCAGCAGCACUUACAAAGAUUCUAUGUCAAGCUUCUGUUGGAUUAGAUCCCCCGGAAUCUCAUGAGUUCUAUGGUGUGUUUUUACCUGAAAUCACAGAAAGACUGUUAAUACUGUGUCGAAACAUACAACAUAGAUAUAUCAAGAUACCAGAAAACACCUUGGCAUUGAAAGAUGAUUUGAUAAAGAAUUUUAAUGAAAUUACUGAUCAGAUUAAAUAUCUAGCUGGUGGACAUUCAUUCCUAACAACCAAUGUCCUCAGAUCUAAUUAUUUGAUGCAGAUGAUGAUAACAGAUGAUAAAGAAACAUCCAUUGCUCUGAUGUAUCUUAUUCAGUCCAUGAUUAGAGCCAAUAUGCAAGUUCUCAACUCAUUGGAUGAGAAAGUAUUGUUCAGUUUACUAGAUGAGCUUGUCUAUAAGCUUUCAGCAUUUACAGAUGCUGAUAUUGGAGCUGCUGCUACCAGGGCUUUAUUGGCCAUAAUAUAA